AUGUCGGUGUUGAUAGUGACGAGCUUAGGUGAUUUGGUGGUCGACUUGUUCACCAACGAGUGCCCUCUCACCUGCAAGAACUUCUUGAAGCUCUGCAAGAUGAAGUAUUUCAAUGGGUGCCUGUUCCACACGAUUCAGAAGGAUUUUACUGCACAGACUGGCGAUCCUACCGGCACAGGAGCUGGUGGUGACUCAGUCUACAAAUUUCUUUACGGAGACCAAGCCCGCUUCUUCAACGAUGAAAUUCAUCCUAAUCUGAAACAUACAAAGAUGGGAACUUUUGCGAUGGCUAGUGCUGGAGAAAAUAUGAAUGCUUCACAGUUCUACAUCACGUUACGUGACGACCUGGACUAUCUGGACGGGAAGCAUACUGUUUUUGGAGAGGUAGCAGAAGGACUGGAAACUACUUUGACUAGAAUCAAUGAAGCUUAUGUAGAUGAAAAGAACAGGCCAUAUAAAGAUAUAAGGAUAAAGCACACAUAUAUACUUGAGGAUCCUUUUGAAGAUCCCAAUGAGUUACCUGGGUUGAUCCCUGAUGCUUCCCCAGAGGGAAAGCCAAAGGAAGAGGCUCUUGGCGUCGUUCGGCUUGAAGAUGAUUGGGUUCCCUUGGAUGAGCAAUUACGUCCAGAAGAACUUGAAGAGAUUAUUAGGGAAAAGGAUGCACAUUCUAGAGCUGUUGUGCUCGAGAGUAUUGGGGAUAUCCCUGAUGCUGAAGUAAAGCCUCCUGAGAAUGUAUUGUUUGUGUGCAAACUGAAUCCUGUCACUGAAGAUGAGGACUUGCAUACAAUAUUUUCACGUUUUGGGAAUGUGGUAUCGGCUGAUAUAAUUCGGGAGUUCAAAACUGGAAACAGCUUGUGCUAUGCAUUUAUAGAUUUUGAGACUAGAGAAGCAUGUGAACGAGCAUAUUUUAAGAUGGACAACGCUUUGAUAGAUGACAGAAGGAUAAAAGUUGAUUUCAGCCAAAGUGUUGCAAGACUAUGGGGUCAGUACCGGCGCAGAGGCAAAGAUUCAGGUGGAGGUUGCUUCAAGUGUGGUGCUGUCGAUCACCUUGCAAGGGACUGUACUGAUGGUCCUGGUUCUAAAAGUCAGGGUCCAAAGUACAUCCUGAAGGAUGAUAACACACAACGUGGUAGUGAUAAUUCCAGGUAUGACAUGGUGUUUGAUGGGGAAGCUCCUGGGAGCCCAAUACAAGAAAAGAAUCGCAGAAGCCAGGGGGAACAAGAUGAACAACUUGACAAGGAAAGGAGGAGGCAUAGAAGAAUCUCAGAUGACCGAGAUGAAGAGAUCAAGGAUUCGUCAAAGGGUAAGAUACGUCAAAAUGACAGAAGGCGUGUCGAUGAAGAUGAUGAUAGUGAUAGACGGCGUGACAGCAAAGCAACUCGGUAUCAACAUGAAAGCAGAAUCAAAGACCACGGUGGUGAUAGGGGAGAUGGUAAAAAGACUAGCACUGAUCAUCACAGCCGAAGAGAAAGAAUAGAGAGCGACAGAGACAAAGAUCAUUACAAGAGGAGGAGUGGGGAAGGCGAUUACUGGAGAAGAAGCGACGACGGCAAGGAUAGAAUUCACCUGAAAGAGUUGGAUGAUGACAGUAAAGAGCGUAAACGAAGACACGGAGAGAGUGACAGGCAAGAAACGAGGGACAGAGAAGAGCGAGAUGAGGGUAGAGAACACAAGAGAAGAGACCCAGCUGGUGACCACAGGCGAGAAUCUAGGGACAGAGAACGGGAGUAUAGGCACAAGAGUGACAUAAGGAGAUGA